ACACGACAUUGAGUCCGCACACGGGGAGCGGGGUACACGCGUCUCUGUGCUUAAAUAUAUAUUUUUUUAUUUGUAGUUUAUUCAGUUUCAUUACGUUUGAUUCACAAUUACGGGGGAAAUUCUUAUCAGAGAGAGGGAGGCGGAGGACAGAUCCAGUUGAAAGAGGUAUCUUCUGAAGCAGCACAUUCAGAGUUCAGGGUCCAGUCAAGUGUCUGACAAAAGCAGCCAUGACUGACGUGGCACAAAAACAAGAGAAACUCCUUUCCACUUCCAAACCCGUUAUGAGGAGCUAUGUGCCCAAGGUCGGAAAGGGGGAAGCAAAAAAUAAGUUUGAGGCUAUGCAGAGGGCGAGAGAGGAUCGCAGUAAGAGGCGCAGCGAAGAGGAGCAGAAGAAAAGGAAGGAGCAGUAUAUAAAGGAGAAAGAAUGGAAUCGCCGAAAGCAGGAGAUAAAGGAACUCCUCGCCUCAAGCGAUGAGGAAGAGGAGAAGCCAGCCACGUCAGCAAAAUCGUACGUCCCGAAGAUAACAGGCAGCGUGAAGGGGAAGUUUGCAGAGAUGGCGAAACAGCGGCAGGAGGAAGACAGGAAAAGGAUGGAGGAGGAGAGGAAAAGGCGAGCCACUCAGGACACACUUGAGAAGGCCAAGAUCCAGAGAGAACUGGCCAAGAAGGCAGAGGAGGAAGGAGAUGAUUCCCUACUUGUGAAAGUAGUUCCAACAAAACCCCCUGGCAAGAUAAAAAUCAACUUUGAGGACAUAGAAAAGAGCCGAGAAGAGGAGGAAAAGAGGAGGACUGAGGAGGAGAAGAAGAAGAGGUACGAUGAGCACAGGCGCUCUUUCCGGGACUCCAAGCGACGAUCCAGGUUAAUGCAGCAGGAAGAGGAGGGCCAACCCACAGAGAAGGAGCAGGUGACCCCGGGCAAGCUGAAGCUGACAUUUGAGGAGCUAGAGAAGGAGAGACAGGAGAUGCAGAAGAAGCAGACGGAGGAGGAGGCCCGGCGGCGACUGGAAGAAGAGAAGAAGGCCUUUGAGGAGGCGAAGCUAGAAAUGGGGGCUGAGGAUGAGGAUGAACUAGGUUCCCAGGCCGCAAAGGACGAAUUCCGCCCUGGGAAGCUAAAGCUGAGCUUUGAGGAGCUGGAGAGGCAGAGAGUAGAUGAAGAACGCAAGAGAGCAGAAGAAGAGGCCAAGAGACGUAUGGAAGAGGAGAGGAAAGCCUUUGCAGAAGCCAGGAAGAGCAUGAUCUUUGAUGAGGAUGAUGACAUCUUAGCCGCCAUGCUGUCCGGGGAGGGCAACAAGCCCGGAAAGCUGAGGCUAAGUUUCGAGGAGCUGGAGCGGCAGAGGAGGGAGGAGGAGCAGAGGAGAGCUGAAGAGGAGGCCAAACGGCGACUGGAGGAGGAGAAAAGGAUCUUUGCUGAAGCUCGUAAGAACAUGGUGGAGGAUGAGGAGGAGCUGGUGAAGAGCGAGUCACAGGAGGCGCUAUGCCCCAGGAAGCUGGAGAUCAACUUUGAGGAGCUCCUCAAGCAGAAACAGGAAGCAGAAAGGAGGCGCACAGAGGAAGAACGCAGACAAAAGAUGGAGUUGGAGAAGAAGGCAUACGAGCAGCUGAAGGAGGAGAUGGGGGAGGAUGAAGUAAAUGAAAGUACAGAGUUGGUGAGCACAGAGUAUGAAGAACUGAUUAAGCUGAAACGAACUGGAACUAUAAAAGCAAAGAACUUGAAAUCCAAAUUUGAGAAGAUCAAGCAACUCACAGAAGCGGACAUCCAGAAAAAGAUUGAAGAGGAAAGGGCACGAAGAAAGGCCAUUGACCUUGAAAUCAAAGAAAGAGAAGCUGAAAGAUUCCAGGAGGAGGAUGAAGAGGAAAGCAGUGGUGCACUUGUCAGAGCGGAGGAUGCACCAUUCAAGCAGAAGGUGGACAUGCGAAAACGGUUUGAACAAAUGGCAAAAGCCAGGGAAGAGGAGGAAAGGAAACGGAUUGAAGAACAAAAACUACAGAGAAUGCAGUUUGAGCAGCAAGAGAUUGAUGCAGCUCUCCAAAAAGAAAGGGAAGAGGAGGAGGAAGAAGAGGGAAGCAUCAUCAAUGGCUCAACAACCUAUGAAGACGAAGAGGGUCAUGCAAGAUCUGGGGCUCCGUGGUUUAAAAAGCCUCUCAAAAACCAGUCUGUGGUCGAUGCUGAACCCGUUAGGUUUACUGUCAAAAUCACCGGCGAACCAAAGCCCGAGGUGACCUGGUGGUUUGAGGGUGAAAUGCUUCAAGACUGUGAGGACUAUCAGUAUAUUGAGAGGGGAGAGACAUAUUGCCUAUACUUGCCAGAGACCUUCCCAGAGGAUGAGGGGGAGUACAUGUGCAAAGCCGUGAAUAGCCGAGGCACUGCUGCCAGCACCUGCAUUCUCACAAUUGAAACUGAGGACUACUGAUGCCCUGGCUCCGAUGCACUGCUCUACUGGAACUUUUCCUGUGCCAAAUUAUCUUCUGUAAAACUCCCAUCCCUCGUGGUAGGGCCAAAAGGUUAUGAAACAGCCAGAUUUCUGCCAUUCCUUCAGUGGAUACAAACCACAUAUAUCAAGCGCAAAAAAAAAAAAAAAAACUGUUUA